AUGAACACAGCACCCAGAGAUGCACUGGAAUUUCCAGAGUCAGAUCGGGCCUUCUUAGAGCCCCACUUGCCACCCCAGGAUGGCUCGGCACCUCAGUUGGAUCUGCCCUUCACAACACUCACAUUCGCAACCUCGCUCGACUCUUCUCUGGCCUUAUCCCCUGGUGCACGUACAGUUCUUUCUGGCCCCCAGUCCAAGGCAAUGACCCACUAUCUGCGAUCUCGCCAUGACGGAAUUAUCAUCGGCGUUGGUACGGCAGUGGCAGACGAUCCCGGUCUGAACUGUCGAAUCAGCGGAGUCGGGGGUUAUGGUCGGCCGGGCUUGGAUGGCCAGCCUAGACCAGUUGUCAUUGAUCCAACAGCUCGAUGGGAAUUUUCAGACCAUAGCAAGCUGUUCCAACUUUGCAGAGAGGGCCGUGGCCGUGCCCCAUGGAUCAUCACUGCAGUUGAGAAACCAAACGCCGAGAAGCAAGCAUUGCUGGAAAGGUACGGCGGAAGAUUUAUUCAAGUUAAAAUGGUCAGGACGCAUACCGGCCGACACCAGAUUGACUGGCCGGAGUUGCUCGUCACCCUGAAAUCCAAUGGUCUCCGGAGCGUCAUGGUCGAGGGUGGUGGCCACGUCAUCAAAUCCCUUUUGAGCCCACAGUACAUGUCCUUGCUGGACAGUGUCAUUGUUACUAUUGCUCCAACGUGGCUGGGUGAAGGUGGUGUGGUCGUCUCCCCGGAUAGGCGCUUUGACGAUGAUGGAAAUGCGAUUUCCGCUGCGAGAUUGAAGAAUGUCAAAUGGUACCCAUUUGGGGAGGACGUUGUCCUUUGUGGACAGAUAAAACUUUCCGGCUGA